AUGGGUAAGCCAAUUUGGGUGUUGUGUUCGCUGGCAGCAGUGCUUUGCUUCGGUUGGCCGCUGACCGUCCGCGGUCAGUUGAAUGGCGACAACCAUCGGCUGCCGAACAACAGUUAUCCAUUGCGGUAUGACCUUGAACUUACCACGUACGUCCACGAAGAUGGCCGCGCCAGACAGUUUCGCUUCGACGGAAAGGUUAAGAUAGAAGUGUUUGUUAAAGAUGAAAGGAACAGCAGCAUCACCUUGCACUACCGGCAAACGACGAUCACACACGUUAAGCUGUGGUCGUUCUUCGGAAAUGGAACCGAAAACGUGCUGCUGGAUGAUGAUUCCAGCUUCCAGCUGGACCCGGUACGGGAAUUCAUCUCGAUUACGCCAACGGGUGUCGAUCUGAAGGGAACAUAUUUCCUGGAGCUGGAGUACAGAGGAACGCUACGUGAGGACAAUGCCGGAUUCUAUCGGUCCUCGUAUGUGGAUGAUGAGGGAAAAACACGCUGGCUUGCCACGACACAGUUUUCCUCUACGGAUGCACGUCACGCUUUUCCGUGCUACGAUGAGCCCGGAAUUCGGGCACCGAUUGGGCUGACGGUCAUUCACGGAGAAAACUAUACCGUGCUGUCGAAUAACCUGCCGAAGGAAAGUACGCCCGGGCCAUACGAUGGGUAUGUAAAAACGGUAUUCGAAGAUACGCCCGUCAUGCAACCUUAUCUGCUGGGAAUCAUUGUGAGUGAUUUUGCCUCGGUUUCGUCACCGCUCUACCCCCGGCAACGCGUCUUCGCUCGCUACAAUGCCAUCCGCAACGGCGAGGGAGAUUUCAUUCUGGAAGCGGGCCAUAAGGUACUGGACGUACUGGAACAGUACCUGCAGACGGACUAUGCCCUACCAAAAAUAUAUCAGGUGGCGGUACCGGAUUUCGCCCCAGGGGCAAUGGAAAAUUAUGGUUUGGUCACCUACAAGGAGCAAAGUUUUUUCUACGACAGCCGUUCGUCACCGUUGAGACAGAAGCACGCGAUCGCUACCGUAGUGGGACACGAGUUCGGUCAUCAGUAUUUUGGCAACAUGGUUUCGCCGGCCUGGUGGAGCUACCUCUGGAUGAAGGAAGGUUUCGCCAGAUACUUCGAGUAUCUGGCAUCGGAUAUAGCCUAUCCGGAGUUUCGCAUCAGCGAAACCUACUCGGUCGAACAAAUGUACAAUGCCUUCGAGCGGGAUUCCCUUAGCUCGUCUCGACCAAUGACGUACUACGUGAACACCGCGACGGAAGUCGCCAACGUUUUCGAUGAAAUCUCCUAUGCAAAAGGUGGAUCCAUGAUGCGAAUGUUCCAGCAGGCCUUUGGACCGGAAACGUUUCGACAAGCAUUGAUCAACUAUCUACGUUCCAGAGCCUUCCAGGCAGCUGCUCCAGAAAAUUUUGCCGAAGCAAUCCAAUGGGCGAUCGACAACGCUACCGACAUCGCACUGCCGGAAAAUGUAACGGCUUUGAACAUUCUAAAGUCAUGGACCGAACAAAGUGGUUUCCCGGUACUUCACGUAUCGAGAGACCUCAGCUCGUACGUGCAUCUAACUCAGGAACGUUAUCUUCUCAAAUCAUUAGACGAAAAAGGCUCUUCGUGGAUAGUGCCCUACAAUUUCGCAACCGCUAAAAAUCCAAACUUCGCCAUCACUUCAGACACUAGAUGGUUGUUAACUAAUAGUGCAACCCUACCAGCCGAAGGCUGGACAGCUUCCGAUUGGAUUAUUUUCAACAAACAGCAAACCGGGUACUACCGAGUAAAUUACGACGAACGUCUUUGGAACUUACUCAUAACGCAACUCUUCCGCAACCAUUCCAUCAUCAACAACAUCAACCGUGCGCAGUUGAUUGACGAUUCGCUCAACCUGGCCCGAUCCGGUCGGCUGGGCUACGACACCGCUCUGCGUUUAAUCGCAUACCUCAGUUACGAGCGGGACUACGUUCCGUGGGCAGCUGCCCACAGGAAUCUUCUCGUCCUAACACGUCUUUUCGCGGGAUCAGCUCAGCACCAACUUCUCGAACGAUACUUCCUGUCGAUGAUCAAUCCGGUAUUUGCCGAGCUGGGACUAGAAACGAAACCUGAGGAUAAUCUUUUCGUUCGUCGGACACGGGAGCUGACCGCCCAGUGGGCUUGCCGAAUGGGAUCGGAGCAAUGUCUGAACGAAAGCUCGCUACUAUUACAGCAAUCGUUACAAUCGGUAAACGUUCAAGUGGAUCCCGAUCUUCGCGGAGUAAUCUACUGCCAUGGAUUGGCGAAGGCCGGUGAAGAUGUGUUCCUAGCAGUGUGGAAAAGAAUGCAAACCUCGAAGGAUCAACAAUUCCGUGGGGAUCUUAUCAGCGCUCUUGGUUGUACGCAGAGCGAAGCUCUGAAAGAACUACUUCUUAAUACAUCGAUUGCUGACGAAGUUGAUGGACUCAAUUACUUCGGUCAGGAGCGGGGAGCCAUCUUCAGUGCGGUUUCCAGCAAAGACAGAGAGGGUACUGAAAUUGCAAUUAAAUUUUUCGCAAAUAAUAUGAUGAAAAUCAAUGAACUGUACAAUAAGGGAAAUUUCGGAAAGCGUGCCAUUGGCAAUGCCGUAACUAGUUUGGCGAGUUCAAUCGUCGAUCUGGAACUGAACGGUCAGUUUCAAGAGUUAAUCGAUCAACUUUCCAGGGCCGGUUUGCUAAGAGACGCUGAUAUCCUACGGGCAUUGGAGCAGACCAGCGAAAAUCUGCUGUGGGUGCAGACCAAGGGUGUGGAAAUAGAGGACUGGUUGCAGGCGUUCUUUCCGGCACCAACAACGACAACCGAAACACCAACCACAACAACUACCACAAUCGGUACUACAACAGUGACGCCUAGUCCUUCGACAACGACAUCAACUGUACCGUUAACAAGAUCAACAUCUCCACUGACCACAGCAGCACCCACUGCGACUACGAUCCCCACAACGACGGACGAGGCAACGGUUGCUCCGACCGUGAGCACCACAUCGGAAGCAACGAUAACUUCCACGCAAGAGCGUACUUCCGUUACUGCAGCGUUGAAAACUACCACCGAAGACGACGGAGGGUCGGCCAUUGCUUCCGUAUCCAACGUCGUAGAUACAUUUCCUACUAUUGCUGAACAAAAAGCCGUACAGGACGCCAUCGAAAAACGUCGUAAGAUGCAGAAUAGUUUGGAUGCGCUGGUAGACCGUCGUGAUUUGCUUCUCGAUAAGGUACUUCGGAUAAAUGAGUCGUUGCAGGCAGAAAACAUAAGUAUUCAUUUACUUCGGCUACAUUUGGAAACAUUACGAAGAUGUGCGGAUGAUUAUGAAAAGAAUUAUAGCGAAAUGUCUACAUUCCUGCCAAAAGAAGGCCGUGCCGAGGAACGCAAGGAAUAUGCUGCGUUUGAAAAACUUCACGAUCAAGUUUACGUCGAACUGCAAGCAAGAAUUUCACAAACUGAGCUCACUACAAAGUUAUUGGAAACGCAGAACCCUUCAGUGAUUCCGUCAAGUACCGCACCCCCGCCGGUGUUCGUUCAGACUAGUGUGCCUCAUUUGCAAGCUCCAUUCCCUACGUUUAAUGGGAAUCCGGAGAAUUGGUAUAGUUUCAAAAGCCUCUUUCAAAGUAUAAUGGCAAGAUACGUGAAUGAGUCUCCCGCGAUGAAAAUUUUAUAUCUGCGUAACUCAUUAUCGGGUGAUGCGAAGGAUAAAAUCGAUGAGGCUGUUGUCAAUAACAACGAUUAUGAGAGCGCGUGGAAAAUUUUGGAGACUGCAUAUGAGGAUAAACGUUUGAUUUUGGACACCCACAUCGAUACAAUUCUGGAUUGUCCAAGAAUCUGCAAGGAAAAUCGUGGUAAAUCGCUAGCGAAACUGGUAGAUAUCUGCACAAAGCAUACUGAUGCUUUGAAUAGUCACGGCUAUCCAGUUGAAGGGUUGGCAGAGUUGAUUUUAGUGAACGUCAUUUACAAAAAAUUGGAUAAGGAAACUCAAGAACAGUGGGAAGUCAAGAUUGGUCAUGAGGAUUUGCCAGCCAACAUGUUACGCAGCAGUCAACCGCGGCUGCAAUUAAACGCCAAGGAUAUAAUCAAAAAUCGCAGCCGUUUACAGCCAAAUCGUUUGUUUCAACGUCAAAGGAAGUGUGCUCUUGUUGUAAAGCAGAGCAUGUAA